AUGGUAUACUGUCGUGCUCCCAGCAAGGGCUGUGAGCAGUGUCGCAAACGAAAGAUCAAGUGCGACGAAGGGAGGCCAGGAUGCCUAAAGUGCGCGAAAUCGAAGCAACAGUGCCCGGGCUAUCGCAAUCUUGUCGAUGUCAGGUUCAGAGACGAAUCCGACCGCGUUGCUCGCAGACACCGGCAGGAUGAACACUCAAGUAUGAUCUGCAUCCCACAACAAGAUUUUACUCAGUCUCUGCCACACAAUAUACAAACUCCUGCAGCUGGACGCCUCGCUGCCUCUCCUAAAUUUUCUAUUACCAUUCCAAAUCCCCUAUCCCAAUCUAGCUAUGACCAGGGCGCAAACUUCUUCUUCGCAAAGUACUCUCCAGAUGACGGCACGUCCUUCAGUAACUAUCAUGCUUGGUUGAUCAAGUCCUACUUUGAACAAGGGUCCAACAAUGUCUUACGGAAGGCCAUUGAAGCCGUGGGCAUGGCGGGAAUGUCAAACGUCUUCUACGCGGCCAAUGUCAAAUCUCAGGCUCGAGCACAGUAUUCUGCAGCCCUAAUCUCCAUGCAACAAGCUCUGAUGGAUCCAGUCCAAGCUGUUUCGGACACGACGUUCAUGGCUCUGAUGUUACUCGCAUUUUUUGAGACCGUCAAUUGCGAAAACCAGGAUCGAUAUCCUCAUUGGGCGACCCAUGUCAGAGCCGGAGCCGCCGUCCUAGAGCUUCGGGGUCAAAAGCAAUUCGAUAGUGAACGUGGUGGACUGCUCUACGUUCAGUUUCGCUCUUACAUUCUUCUGGCCUGCAUGCAGGAGCGCGUUGCCGUUCCCAACGCCUUGGUCAAGGCAACCUUCAGUUUCCAAACAGGCGCCUUGAGACAAAAUUGGCAGCACGCAAACAUUGCCAGUCCGGGGUCCAUCACUGAGAUUUGUAUCCGAGUGGCCAACCUCUGCGCAGCCUUGAAAGGUCAAGACGUGACAGAUCCACAAGCCAUCCGUGCCAUAGCGCUGGAGAUCGACGCAGACCUCGAGAGUUGGAGAGCAGGUCUGCCCCCGACUUGGGCAUACGGUACAGUCGACGUCCCUGAUGCUGCCAAUGACACCGCUUUCAACAGAAAGAAGCACGUCUAUACCAAUCUGUGGAACGCGGAGGCAUGGAACUCUUGGCGCGCCGUCCGAGUGCUCGUCAACCAGCUCAUCUUGGAGAACGAGGCCCGCUCGAUCGAGCCCGACAAUGCACUGAUGGCACUCGCUCUUUCGGUCAUUCGGGAGUUGUGCGUUGACAUUUGCGUCUCCACAUAUAGUUUCAGAGACUCUCCACGCACGUAUCCCUUCGUCUCGCUGGAUGCAUGCAUCCUCUCGCUCAUGCACUCGCUGUUCCUGGUCGCCCUGGAAGAGCGGAAUGAUCUCCUCGUGGUUUCUUUCGCUGUGGAGCAACUUCGACGCAUCGGGGCAACCAUGGGGGUUCGACAGGCAACUUUCAUGGCGGAUACCGCGUUGAAAAAGUCUCAGGCGAUGUUCAGACGAGUCAACGGUUCCUUCACCGCCGAUAUCGACUCAUAUGACACUUUUACCCCGUCGCUCGAUUAG